CAAACCAAAUAGUAAUAAUAACUUCGCGUGCAUUUUGUGCUGUACUCUGUAAUAAUUUAACAUUCAUAAAAGUAGUACUAUACACAGAACUAAUGUCCGAUUCUUCUGAUGACGAAGACCUCUCGAGGUUCCGAGAGGCCGUCGAUACUUCAUUCACUAAACUCAUCAUUGAAAGUCGCGGAAUCCCACAAAAAGAAGUAAAAAAACCCGUUUCCGAGAGGUAUCUGGAAACCGCGAGCCAUUACAACGAUGUGAAGGUGCCGGAGAAAUUGCAGAAACAGAUAGGCGUGAAGAUCUCCAACAUUAUUGAAAGGAAUGUCGAAUUUGUAGACAUGGCAAAUGGAGUGAAGAAACGUAAGAUCAAAGGUGGAGUGAAACUGUUCUCAGACUCUAUAGACUACCUCUCACCGGAGGCUGCGGUGGACACAUAUACUGAGACACACAAUGCACAGUCUAGGAAAAUGAUGAAACAGAAGCGGCGGCGUGAAGAAGAACACAUAGAUGAGAAUGACAAAAUAGCAGCAGUGGCAGUAACAGGCGAGUAUGUUUUAUCCAAAGAAGAAACAAAAUGCUGGAAAUCCAGACGAAAAGAAAAACUAUACAAAUACAAGUCCCAAAAAAACAGCAAAGUUUUAUCUGCUAUUGAAUAGUUCCCAAAAUAAAACAAAUGAGUAAAUUAAAUUUUUAUUUCUAUUUACAAUAAUUAUACUUAGUAAUUAACAAAAUAAAUAUGUACAAAAGUCAGUAUCACAAUAGCAACUGCUUCUUUUUUUACAUUACAAUAACUAAUGUUCUGAGUAAUUUUUCUUUUUUUUGUAAAAUAAAUUAGGUACGAUUAUGUUACUUUCAUGUUUAGGGCUAAUUAUAUUUAGUUACAAAUUACAAUUUUUCAAGUCUAAAUCAUUUAAGCUAUUCAAAAGUGAAUGGCAUCAAUGUUGCCAGUUAAAAGAAAAAAGGUAACCUGUAGCUUUAUAAUCUAGAGCCCUAUAGUACACCAUGAUUACUUCGAUUUACACAUUCACUGUCCCAAUCUGAACUGUCAACCUUACGGCUCUGUAAUAGAGGCUUCCAGUGACCCAUACACGGGGCACGGACAGUGAACGUCUGUACAGGUUACAAUUUUUCUUUUAACUGGCAACAUUGAUGCCAUUCACUUUUGAAUAGCUUAAAUUAUUUAGACUCGAGAAAUUGUAAUUUGUCAGACAAAUGGUUUUAUUCUUCAUUUAAAUUUUCUACGUUAAAAGAAAAAGUAUAAAAUUGCUCAAUAUACUCAAAAGUAUGUUGCUGGUAAUGUAAACCUUAUUAUAAUUAUUUUAAAGAAGAAUAUCAAAUGUAUUAAUACCACAAGUCCGUCCCAAAGUAAUCAUGGUGCUUGACAAAUAAUGUCAAACGAAAAACAACUUUAGUAUCAUAACCUAAUGACAAUCUUCAUUCUUCAACAUCAACAACUACAUCUAUGGCGUAUGGUUUUAGGCAAGAGCUUGGUCACACGUUCAACUUCACAUGUCACUUAAUCUAGACACAAAUCUGAGGAAACAUUGUUUCUUUGUAAAUUAAGUAAGGGUCGGCAAAACCAAUUUUGUCAGGAAAAAGGAAAAAAAUUGACUCCAAACCGAACGGUAGAAUUCUCAUAAAAAAUCUAAUUGGCAUAUUUCCUCUACCUAC